ACGAGACGAGAAGAGCGCUAAAACUUUCACCAGUUGAAGCUAAAAGUGACGCUGUUAACGAUCGUGAAUGAAGUACAAAUGUGGAAUAUUUUCUUCGGAUGUCGUAUAUUUCCAGUCUGCAGAUCUGGUCCUGUGGGCGUCAGUAUCACACAGUGAUCACAGUUCACACCUGCAGUGAAGCCCCUCCCACAACAAUUCACCAAUAAAUACUGGGAAUAUUCCCAUCAUCCUACAAGAGAAGCACAAACUCCAGGAGUAGCAGCUGAAAUCUGUGUGACUGUUAAAGAUGGAGUUUAUUAAAGUGGAGAUUGAAGACAUGAGUGAUCCAGAACCAUCCAGAAUAAAACAUGAAGAUACUGAGGAACAAACAGUCCAGAUGGAAGUGAAGGAGCAAAUACAGAAACUAAAUGACGUGAAGAAACACUAUGACUUCAAAACUCACGGAACAAAAGUCAAUAAGCUGCACUCCUGCUCUCAGUGUGGAAAGAGUUUCCAGAAUAAAGGAAACCUUAACAAACACAUAAGAAUUCACACUGGAGAGAAACCGUAUCCAUGCACUCAGUGUGAGAAGAGUUUCAGAGAUGCAACAGGUUUAAAAAUUCAUCUGCACAUUCACUCCGGAGAAAAACCAUUCAAGUGUGAUCAGUGUGGUAAAGGUUUUAAUUCAUCAUCAAAUCUAAUACAACACCUCAAAGUUCAUUCAGAUGAGAAGCCUCACUUGUGUUCUUUCUGUGGAAAGAGUUUUUCACGGAUGGACAGUUUUAAACUUCACCAGAAAAUACAUACCGGUGUGAGAGAUCAUGUUUGUUGUGACUGUGGGAAGAGCUUUACUGCAUCCUGUGAACUGAAACGGCACCAAAGAAUUCACACUGGAGAGAAACCGUAUACAUGCACUCAGUGUGGAAAGAGUUUUUCUCAAGCAUCAGGUCUCAGUGUUCAUCUGCUCCGUCACUCUGGAAAAAAAACUUUUAACUGCGUUCAGUGUGGUAAAUAUUUUAUUUUGUCAUCAGAUCUAAAAGACCACCUGAAAGUUCAUUCAGAUGAGAAGCCUUAUGCGUGUUCUCUCUGUGGAAAGAGUUUUCCACGGAUGAAGAGUUUUAAACAACACCAGAAAACACAUGAUGAAGUGAGAGAUCAUGUGUGUUGUGAAUGUGGGAAGAGAUUUACUAGAGCUGAUUGUCUGAAACGUCACCAACAAACUCAUACUGGAGAAAAACCUUACAAGUGCUCAUACUGUGACAAGAGUUUUGCUCGGUUGGGACGUCUAAAAUCACAUGAGCGAAUUCAUACUGGAGAGAAGCCGUAUAUCUGUACUCUGUGUGAGAAGAGUUUCAAAGAUGCAACCGGUUUAAAAAAGCAUACGUUUAUUCACACUAGGAAAAAAACGAUUUAACUGUGAUCAGUGAGGUAA